UUGCGAGGUGUUUGUGCGUCUCACAUGUCUAAACAUUUCAAGUCUCUGAAUUAAGUUUGCAAUAUAUUUUCAGCCUCCACCCUUACCGUGUUGUGCAGGUGAUGUGAAGGCUCUGCUUUGUGUACCACACACCACAGUUUGCUCUGACCUUUCGUCACGCUUGACCUGUCGCUGGGGCAGAACAGGAUCCGACACGCUACGUGUGGUAGCACACGACAGUUGCGGUUGACGUUUAUCACCAUGUUUCCUGGCAACAAAAGCAAUGCUGUGAUGGAAAAGUUUCUGAGCUUGCCGCAGUCACUAGACACAGUCAUGGUCGAGUACAUCUGGAUCGAUGAUACGACCGAGCCAAUUAGGUCCAAGUGCAAAACGAUGAACUUUGAACCCAAAUUACCUGAAGAUUGCCCAGACCUUAAAGCUUACGUCCUCGGCAAAGUGGGGUACCUCACACCCGUCGCCAUCUUCAAGGACCCUUUCCGCCAGCAGCCGAACAAGUUGGUCCUGUGCGAGGUGGUUGAUGAGUACAAGACACCUGCACAAGCCAACACCCGCCACUCCUGUGUCAGGGUGAUGAAAAUGGCGGAGAACGAGCAUCCGUUGUUCACGAUAGAACAGAAAUACAUUCUGCUUCACACCGAUGGGUCGACAAUAGGUCGUCGACUUCCUGAGGGGACCAGCUACUGCGGUGUGGGAGCGAACAAGGUGUUUGGGAGGAGCAUCGCUGAGGCCCACUACUUGGCCUGUCUGUACGCUGGCAUCACCAUCGGCGGCUUCAACCCUCAUGUCCUGCCUGCCUUGUGGGAGUUCCAAGUGGGUCCGUGUGAAGGUGUAGCCAUGGGUGACCAGCUGUGGGUGGCCAGAUACCUCUUGCACCGGGUGGCGGAGGAUUUUGGGAUGAUCGCCUCAUUUGACCCAAGUAUCAUGGAUGGAGCUAAAUCCCGUGUGGGCUACAGUACGGAGAGCAUGAGGAGGACAGAAGGGUCGAAAUGUGUAAAUACUUCCAUUUCAACGACCAAUGAAACCAGUUCCAUGGUCAACUCCUCGUGUGAGUCUCCAAAGUUAAAACGUCCUCGGCUGGACCUCAGCGACAGUCCUGUCGGUCAGAACUCGAGCAGAUCCGAGUACAACACCUUCACUUUACUGACCGAGGACGACCGCCUCCCCCUCUCCAACUGCGACCCCUACAUCGUCACCGAGAACAUCGUGAAGAAAACAGUGCAGCUCUUGUCGUAACUCUAUGGUCUCCACUACACAGACAAACAGUUGUUGAAGAGGUUACGAAAGUUGUGAAACAAUAUAUGGUGGAUACAAGUGGACAACUCUAGUCUCUUUCAAAACUCGUUGAAAAAAAGAAAAAAAGUUCUAUGAUAUAUUUUAUGACUAAGACAGCUGAAGGAAAAGCCAGAAUCUACAGAAGUUGUCACGAUAAUUUACACACACACACAAGCAAUCAUGUAGGUGUGCACACUUGUAUAGAUGGUUGUUUAUUCAUUAUCUACAAAUGUAGUUUUACUUUUAAAUGUUAUGUACAGCGAUGUUAGAUGUACUUUCCUAUCUCUAUGUGUGCUUGGUUUAAACUUGUAAUAUUGUUAUUCACUUAUAGUUUUAUACAUUUGACCACAGAUAGUCUGCGAAUGAGUGUAUGUCACUGAGGGAGCCAUUGUGAGAAUUAGUAUAUGUAGAGAAUAAGGUAUCAAUGUUAAUGUCUCCAUGUAAGAAAUCUUCAAAGUGUGCCAACAACUCAAAAGUUAUUUCAGAAUAAAACAGAAUAAGUAGGGAGCUGUGA